AUGUCCUCGGCCGACACGCGCCCCAUCUCGCCCGCCCGCUUCGCCGCCGCCCUCAAGGACCUCUCCCCCAGCAUGCUGCACCUCAAGGCCCUGGAGAUCCGCAACUCGGUCGCCCACCUGCAGUACUCCAACGACCAGCUCAGGCCCUUUGCCGAGGGCUCCGUUGCCCCCACCACCGACGAGAGCACCAGCGGUGGUGGCCAGCCGGACCAGGACUGCGUCGACGCCAUCCGCGAAAACGAAGUCGUCAUCGACCGCAUGGCCGAGCGCGUCGCCCUCAUCCGCGCUGAGGUCGAGCAGCGCGGCUUGAGCUGGGCCGAGUUCCAGGACGUGGACGAGCGGCGGGAUAUGGCCGAGGCCAAGCAGGCCAACGGCGACGGCGGCGCCGCCCGUGACGCGCCGGAGACGGGUCGACAUGCGGCCUGGUCCGACGGCACCUUUCAGACGGGGUCGAUACGCGGUGGCCAGGUCCACCUCGACGGCCCGCCGGGCGCACAGGCCGGGACGGCCGGGGGCAGCCUGUCUGACGAGCAGCUGAGACAAGCCGUCGAGGAGCAACUACGCAACCUGGGGCAUGAUGACGAUGGCGGCGGCGAUGACGGCGAUGGCGGCGUUCAUCUUUGA